CAUACUUAAGACUUGGGGGCGUCGGUGGCCGCAAUGGUUUAGGCGUUGACACGGCGCUCAUCACUGUAAGGUCGUGUCAUCUGCAUGUACUCAGAUGGGCGCUCGCUAGCCACAGAAUGAUAUCAAGGCUCCGAUUCGUGUUAUUCGCCUUGGCUACGAUCGUACCCACCAUUACUGGACAAGUGCCAAUGGAAUAUGAGCCUGAAUUUUUAGAAAAUUUGGAAAAUCAUACUGUCACGCAGGGAAGGGACGUCAGCUUUACUUGUGUCGUCAACCACUUAGGAUCGUACAAGGUGGCAUGGAUUAAAUCCGACUCGAAAGCAAUUCUCGCCAUACAUACACAUCUCGUUGCUCACAACAAUAGACUUUCGGUGACUCAUAAUGGCCACAACACAUGGAAGUUGAAGGUUUCCAAUGUACAAAAAAACGAUUCUGGAACAUACAUGUGUCAGAUUAACACAGACCCAAUGCGAAGUCAGAUGGGUCAUCUCGAGGUUGUGAUUCCCCCAGAUGUCCUAAAUGAAGACGGUGGGGACGAUCACGUUACCACGGAAGGGGGUAGCAUAAGACUGAGAUGCAGAGCCACUGGGAUUCCAGAGCCCAAAGUUACUUGGCGGAGGGAAGAUUCGAGGAAUAUCAUCAUCCGCCACGAUGGAUCUUCAAAAGAAGUAGUGCGUACGUUUGAAGGUGAACUUCUCGAACUUUCGAACAUCCAAAGAACAGAAAUGGGAUCUUAUCUUUGCAUCGCUUCCAAUGGCGUACCACCAAGUGUGAGCAAAAGAAUUAUCGUCCAGGUGCAUUUUCAUCCUAUGGUAAAAGUGCCGAAUCAGCUCGUUGCUGCCCCAAUAGGCAGCGAUGUCAACAUACAAUGCUACGUGGAAACGUCUCCUAAAGCUAUGCACAACUGGCAUAAAGAAUCAGGUGAAAAAUUAAUGGAUAGUAACAAAUAUGAAAUGGAGGAAGUUAUCAUAAAUGAAUAUACACUGAUUAUGAAUCUGACAAUAAGGACAUUAGAGAAAAGGGAUUUUGGAAGUUAUUUGUGUUCAUCUGUUAAUGCACUGGGAAAAGCUGAAGGAAUUGUACGUUUACAAGAAUUGUUCGUUAUGAAAACUACUGCUGCUCCAAUUGCAAAUAUUCCGGAAGGUAGUGGAACCCGCAAUAGAAAGAAACACAAAGAAAAAACUACACCGCUUCCAAAGAAAAAGAAAAAGCUGAGACAUGAGGAGAUAGAAGUGACCUCACCACUUACAGAGGCGGUAGUCACAAUCACCACCACCUCUACUCAAAAAACGCCCCCUUGGAUACUACACCAAAACAGCAAGUCCAAAUGUCAGUCUUUUCCACCUUUUGUCUUGGCUGCUGCUGCCACCAUAUUUCUGAUUCAGUAAUAGCCUAUGUUGUUACUACUUUCUUUCCACACUUCUUAAACAAUAUUGUUGAUUGAAUAUUGGACAAUACCGAAUUUAUCGCAUAAAAAAUUAUUUCAAUUGUUUUAGAACUAGUUAUACUUUUAAUUGUUGCUCAAUUAAUUUAAACAGUGGGAAAUAAAGUAAUAUGUAUUAGAAUGAUGCUCUAAUCACCGAUCAAUCACAUUUCUCUCCCUUUCCUUCUCUCUCUCUCUCUCACUCUCUCUCACUCUCUCUCUCUCUCUCUCUCUCUCUCUCUCUCUCUCUCUCUCUCUUUUGUUCUUUACUUCCUUCCUUCUUCCUUUCCUUUCUCCCUCCCCACUGCAACUCCCUCACAUUUUUCCCAGGCAGAGAGAGUAUAACCCAAAAACUGCAUCCAGUCACCAUAUGUAGAUUAUAGUUCAGAAUCUGUACAUAAUAUGUAUUUUAAUAUGAAUUUCGGAAGUUUUAAAGAUAAUAUAUAUACAUAUUGUAUAAAUACUAUUUGUUUUAGAAGUAGGAAAGUUUUAAGGCUGAAAGUCAUAAAACUGAAAAAACAUGAAGUCUUCCCUCAAUUCUCAUAUAUCAAUAAUUGAGAUUAAAAACUUUUAUGAUGAUAAUGGUUGAAACUAAACAUUUGUAGUAAUAAUGUAAUUAAAAACAUCUCUCAUUACCAUAUCUUAACCUAUAUCCUACU